AUGGAAGCUCAAAGUGCUGGUACAGACAGUGGGAAUACCUCACUUGCAGUUGAUAUGGAAGCUCAAAGUGAUGGUGCAGACAGAAGGAAUACCCCACUUGCAGUAGAUAUGGAAGCUCAAAGUGAUGGUGCAGACAGUGGGAAUAUCCCACUUGCAGUAGAUAUGGCAGCUCAAAGUGAUGGUGCAGACAGUGGGAAUAUCCCACUUGCAGUAGAUAUGGCAGCUCAAAGUGAUGGUGCAGACAGUGGGAAUAUCCCACUUGCAGUAGAUAUGGCAGCUCAAAGUGAUGGUGCAGACAGUGGGAAUACCCCACUUGCAGUUGAUAUGGCAGCUCAAAGUGCUGGUGCAGUCAAUGAGAAAUGCCCACUUGCAGUAGAUAUGGCAGCUCAAAGUGAUGGUGCAGACAGUGGGAAUAUCCCACUUGCAGUAGAUAUGGCAGCUCAAAGUGAUGGUGCAGACAGUGGGAAUACCCCACUUGCAGUUGAUAUGGCAGCUCAAAGUGCUGGUGCAGUCAAUGAGAAAUGCCCACUUGCAGUAGAUAUGGCAGCUCAAAGUGCUGGUGCAGACAGUGGCAAUACCCCACUUGCAGUAGGUAUGGCAGCUCAAAAUGCUGGUGCAGACAGUGAGAAGACCCCACUUGUAGUAGAUAUGGCAGCUCAAAAUGCUGGUGCAGACAGUGAGAAGACCCCACUUGUAGUAGAUAUGGCAGCACAAAAUGCUGUUGCAGACGGUGGGAAUAGCCCACUUGCAGUAGAUAUGGCAGCUCAAAGUGAUGGUGCAGACAGUGGGAAAUCUCCACUUGAAGUAGAUAUGGCAGCUCAAAGUGAUGGUGCAGACAGUGGGAUGGCCCCACUUGCAGUAGAUAUGGCAGCUCAAAAUGCUGUUGCAGACGGUGGGGAUAGCCCACUUGCAGUAGAUAUGGCAGCUCAAAGUGCUGGUGCAGACAGUGGAAAAUAUUCACUUGAAGUAGAUAUGGCAGCUCAAAAUGCUGGUGCAGGCAGUGAGAAGACCCCACUUGUAGUAGAUAUGGCAGCACAAAAUGCUGUUGCAGACGGUGGGAAUAGCCCACUUGCAGUAGAUAUGGCAGCUCAAAGUGAUGGUGCAGACAGUGGGAAAUCUCCACUUGAAGUAGAUAUGGCAGCUCAAAGUGCUGGUACAGACAGUGGGAAUACCCCACUUGCAGUAGGUAUGGCAGCUCAAAAUGCUGAUGCAGACAGUGGGAAAUCUCCACUUGCAGUAGAUAUGACAGUUCAAAGUGCUGGUGCAGACAGUGGGAAAUCUGAACACCUGUUGGAAGAGAGCAUUGAUUCUUCUGACCAAUUUUCAGAGAGUGGAAAUUCAUGUGCCGAAUUUACACAGAGUACAGAUAAAGACAGUUGUAAUUCAUCUGUAGAAAGUGUUUCACAUACUGAUGUAUCUGCCAAGGCGUUUGAAGAUAUAAGUCUAUCUUCUUCAAAAACAUCUCUCCAAAGCAUAUCACCUGCCAAGAAACAUGGUUUGUUCUGCAGGGCAAGAAAAUGCCUCCGUCUAUCAUGUAUAUCAACAACAAAGUCUCGCACACCAGACACCCGGGAAAUAUUUGCAGAAAGCUCCAAUUCACACAAAGCUGAUCAACCAAUUAAAAAUAAGAAUCAACGUAAAUCACCUUCUCUCAAGAAGCGUAUUCAUCGUUUCUUCAAAAAAUCUAGGACAAGUGUAUCACUAGAAGAAUCUGUUGAAAACAAUGUAGAAAGUACUACUGACUCAGUGACACUAUAA